UAAAUGUCAAGUGUCUCUAGUCAAUGGACUCUAUUGAUUGGUCGACAGGGAGAUGUAAAAAAUGGCUGCCUUGCCUUCUCCUACUCAGGUGGCAGGGACCCACAGUUCUAUAUACGAGGCCUAUUAUCAUCAAGUGGAUCCAAAUGGCACUGGGGCGAUACAGGCUCUGGACGCAGCUAGAUUCCUCAAGAAGUCUCGUCUCAGUGAUGUGGUCCUCAGUAAAAUAUGGGAUCUCUCUGAUCCCACUGGCAAAGGAUAUUUGGAUAAAGCAGGUUUAUUCGUAGCAUUGAAGCUGGUUGCGCUGGCGCAGGCCGGCAAGGACAUAAACAUGAGCAAUAUACACUCUGAGACGCCGCCACCUAAAGUUGGUGAGCUGCCGAAAGUGCCGCCGGCGAGCGCGAGCCCGAUGCCCGCGCUCGCGCCGCUCAGCGACUGGAGCGUGAAGCCGGCAGAGAGGGAGAAGUACAGCCAGCUGUUUGACUCGCUGCAACCGACCAAUGGACUGAUUCCCGGGAAUAAGGUGAAAGGAGUAUUAAUGGAGUCAAAGCUCCCGUUGGAGACACUCGGCAAGAUCUGGGACCUCGCCGACCAGGAUAAGGAUGGCAUGCUCGAUAGGCACGAAUUUAUUGUGGCGAUGCACCUGGUGUACAAGGCGCUGGAGAAGCACGCGGUGCCGACGAGCCUGCCGCCGGAGCUGCGCGCGCGGCCCCCCCGCCCGCCGUCGCGGCCCCCGUCGCGGCCCCCCUCGCGCCCCCCCUCGCCGCAGCCGCGCCCGCACCCGCCGCACCCGCCGCGCCCGCAGCAGCCCCCCGCUACCAACCUGCUGGACGGCCUGCUCGACCUGUCAAGUCCGCCAUCGUCCACACCGUCACCAGCGCCACCUACAACCCAGUGGAUAACCCCCGCGGAGCGCGCGAAGUACGACGCGCAGUUCGCCGCCGCGGACACGGACCGCGACGGGUUCGUGUCCGGCGCGGAGAUACGCCACGUGUUCCUCGACACCGGCCUGCCGCAGGCGACGCUCGCGCACAUAUGGGCGCUGUGCGACACGUCGAGCACGGGCAAGCUGACGCGCGCGCAGUUCGCGGCCGCCAUGUGCCUGGUGGCGCGCGCGCUGCGCGGCCAGCCGCCGCCCGCCGUGCUGCCGCCCGACCUGCUGCAGCCCGCGCAGCCCGCGCAGCCCGCGCAGCCGCCGCUCGCCGCCGCGCUGCUGUCGCAGCCGCCGCCGCAGCCGGAGCCGGUGUCGCUGGGCCCGCAGCCGACGCCCGAGCUGGAGGCGAUUGCGCGCGAGGUGGAGUCGCUGGCGCGCGAGCGGCUCGCGCUCGACGCGGAGGUGGCCGCCCGCACGCGCGACCUCGCCACCAAGACGGGCGAGGCGGACAGCCUGCAGAGUGAAUUGGACACAUUAACCGCGACAUUGAAACAGUUGGAAAACCAAAAAGGGGAGGCGCAAAAAAGGUUGAACGAUUUGAAAUCACAAGUGGAGAAGCUGCGCAGCCAGGUGUCCGCGCAGGAGGCGGCCGCGGCGGAGACGGAGGCGGAGGUGGGCGCGCGGCGCGCCGCCGCCAACACGCUGCGCGAGCGCGAGCGCGCGCUGCACGACGAGGAGCUCGCCGCGCGCGCCGCGGCCGACGCGCUCGCCGCGCAGCUCGCGCGCUCCGUGCUCGCCGUCAGCCAGAUGAAGAUAAAGCUAAGCCACCUGGAAGACCAGCACCGCUCGCUGACAGCGGCGCUGGAGGCGCUGGAGGCGGGCGGCGCGGGCGCGGCCGCCGUGCUGCACCUGCAGCCGCAGUUCUCACACCAGUACUUGCAGCAGCUCGUGCGCGGCGACGAGGACUCGGACGAAUUUUCGAAAGCGGACUUCAGUACAAUGAACGGCACCGCUAGCUUCGGCUCGGACCCGUUCAAGGAUUCGGCCUUCGCCCCCGCGGCCUCCGCCGCAAACGACCCCUUCGCCCCCGCUGGGGCUAAACCAGUGCAGGACGGUUUCGGCAGCGAUCCGUUCGCGUCGAACGCGGACCCGUUCGCGGGCGACUCCUUCGCUGACAACGCGCAGAAACAGAACGAUGAUAGCGCGUGGGAAUCGGACCCGUUCGCGGUCCUGCACGCGCCGACGCGCAACUCGAGCAACCCGGGCAACAUCAGCAACGUCAGCAACGUCGGUAACGCCGGCAACGUCGGCAACGUCGGUAACGUCAGCAACGCGAGCAACAGCAGCAAGCGGCACAAGACGCCGCCGCCGCGGCCCGCGCCGCCCCGCCCCAACCCGCCGAAUAAGCCCAACGACAACUGGCUGCCGGACGCCUGGGCCAAGCCCGGCCGGGCCGAGCCCGACGCCUGGGCCGCAGACGCGUCCAACGACGCGGCCUCGAAGACGGACAAUUGGGCCAACAAAACCGACAACUGGGCGAGCAAAACGGACAACUGGGCGACCGACUGGGCGACGGACUCGAACAAGAACCUCAACGAGACGUGGCCGACGAGCACGCUGCCGCCCAAGAAGGAGAAGUCACCGAAACCGGUGAAAUACGCAAAGUCGCUCGUGCACACGAUAGGCGGGAUCGGGCGGACGAGGCAGAAGGACAAGAAGAAGUCGAACGAGGCUCGCAGCGUGGAGUUCCUGCCGUCCGAGGAGCAGCAGUGGGCGUGGGCCGCCGCGGAGUCCAAGCGGCUCGAGAGCGAAGCGGAGGCGAGGCGGCGGCAGGAGGAGGCCGAGCUGCAGCUGGCCUUGGCGCUCUCCCAGCAGGAGAAGUGACCGGCGCCUCGCAGCGCGCCCCUCACCAAUUUCUCCUUGUAAUUCGCCGUCGCGUCGGCGUCGACUCGAUCAUUCCAGAGUAUUGGCGUUAGCUGUACGAUAGCCACUAGUCAUAUUCCUAAAAAUUGUCUCUGGGCGUUGCCACGGGCAGUGUUGGAGCGUGUGUUCGCCGCCGAGCGGACGCGCCGGCGGGAAGCUGCGGCGGUUCCCGCUCCAUUGGCCUAAUCGUCGUUAUAUAAUGUACAACCCGCGUAGCUCGAGUGCGAAUUAAAUUUCCUCCUCGAUGGAUGGUUUCGUUCGGUGCACGUCGGUCGUGUGCGCGGUGUCGAUGUUAAGGUUAUUUAUUGAUAUUAUGUUAUUACCAUUGUUUUUAGGUAGCUAUUUCGUGGCGGGACUGCUGAUGAGCGAAUGCAUAGACGCAAAUGUAAAAAAACCCCUAAGGUUUUUGGAUGGACCCCUAAGGAUUCAAUUUCUAACAAUUAGAAAAAAACAAUGCAUUUUAACAUUUACAUGUGUCGUGCAUUCGGUCAGUCGUGAUUCGAUUUCCGCUAGUUUUAAUUAUUAUUAAUUAUUUUUGUAUAUAGAGAAUUAUUAUUUGUAUAAAUUUAAUUUAGAUCGCCGCGUAGUUUUUUGCGUAACGAAAUAUUACAAAUUCAGAAAUUUGUCUGUGAUUUCAUCAGAUUGUAUCUGUCGGUGUGAAAAACUGUACGGCGUGUGUAUAAUUGCAUUUUAUUGUAUGAUUGUUGAUUCAUUUUAAAUGUAUGAUGUUGAUAAUUAUUUUAUUUCGUCGUUUCGUAGCAAUCGGAUAAAAGUGUAUGUGGAAAAGACAUUUGUUAGCAAGGUGCAGAACUCGAGUGGUACUUCUAUUGCAAGUUUUGAUAGCCACGUGGCAGUCUUCUGCGUUAAUUUUUCUUAGUUUAUGAGUAUGAGAUUGCAUUUUGUUAUUUAACAAUUUCCAACCUUAUCCAGUGCUGUUAAAGCUUACAAUAGAAUAAAUACAUUGUCAUAAUAAUUAUAUAUGCAAAUUGUGCUUUUAACUAAUUGAAAUCCUAUAUAAAGCCCAAAGGUGUGAGGAAACCGUGUAACCACCGAAUAAUCAAAUAGAUAUGCGAUCGGUUAUUUAUUCUAAUUAAAAGGUGCAAUUGAUUUGCUGUCCCUUUCUAAAUGAUAGCGAGUGAACGGGAUGCCAUUACUGUUUCUCUAGCUAUUGGAUAUUGAAGAUUAUCUUGUUCAAUCUCUGUAUUUGUAUAACACAUAUCACCUAAAUUCUGAUAUUUAACAGCAGUCUCAACGGAUAAAAACGCGCGUUAACGUUCGAUACUCGUAAAUAUCCAACAGUUAUUUACACAUUGUAUAUUCAUUCAUAUUUCAUAACGUCACUUUUAUUAAUAUUAAGUGAAAGCCUAUCAGGAAAUUGUUGUUGAAACCCUCUCGCACAGGGACUGUUUGUCGUUAGAGCGAAAGAGAGAAAGCUUGCGUUUCGCUCCAAUAUAGGAUGAUUUUCGAGUGAAAGAAAGAGAUGGACGCUGGCCCCAAGUCGAUUAAACUCAUUCGCCUUCCCGAAACGUUUAUAUGCUGUUGUAAAUGUCGAGUCUCCCAAUGUGUAAUCGUUAAUACUCUUGCUAAUUCUAAGCUGUGGAUAAUAGAUAAUAAAUAAUGAAUACGCGUUCACUAUGUUUAAUGUUGUAAACUUUCUUACCAGAAUGGUAGUUAGCUUGAUAGCUAUGUAGAUUUACACGCUUAUGUGCGCACGGGCCGUAAGCCGUCUGGUACAAUAACUAUUUUAGUAUUGCACGCUUGCUGAGACAUGACUACCAAAAACUACCAAAAAUUAUUAAGAAAGAAAAAAAAA